AUGUUUGUCGAGAGGCACUCUCAUUUGGGAAGAGGAGAAAAAGCCUGCUAGGAGGACCUUAAAGUUAGCUGAGGAGAACGGCGGGAGCCGUGAAUUAUUCCUCGAGCGCCUCGGGAGGAGGAUCCAAAAGGAGAUAAGGAUUAGACAGCUAUGUUGUGGGUAUUCAUUGAUGGGGAUACAACUCUGAAAGUGGGAAAACGAAAGAAAGUUGGAGUCUCGUGUUGUCGCUAAGCAGUUUAUUUUGGAUUUGUGGUUUGGCCGUGUGUUCCUUUCUUCAUUUUAUUUUUUUAGAAGGGAGAAUGAGAUUAACUAAGUGAACAAAAUUGCUCACUUGUCUGGGAGUAGUGUGAACUUUUUCCCUUUUGAGCUUUCAAUUUCAUAAAGACUUAAAGACAUUUUUGAAGGGAGAACCAGAGGGAUUAGAAACCUUGAAGGAUUCAAAAACCAUGACCUGCAGACUAAAUCCAAGCCUUCUCUUGGCGCUGCUCUGUUUUCUCCACAGCACUGAGGAGACCUGCCCCUCCAUGUGCCUCUGUAUAUCCGAUGCAGUAAGCUGUAGCUCCAGCGGACUUACCAAGCUACCUCACUCCCUGCCCUCUUUCUCUAUAAGUCUCGACCUCAGCCACAAUUAUGUCUCCUGGCUGAGUCCAGGCUGCUUCAACGGGAUGUCCAGGCUGGAAAACCUGUUGAUGGCGCACAAUCAGCUCAAAGCCCUGAAUCCUGGAACUUUUCAAAACGUCUCUGGUCUCAGGCACCUUGACCUGUCCUCCAAUAGGUUGCGUGUGGUAGAGCAGCACUACUUUCAGGGGCUUUGGAGGCUGGAGGAGCUCCUUCUCUUCAAUAAUAAGAUCGCACGGGUGGAGGCCGGCACGCUGAGUGGCCUGAGCAGCUUAAAAAAGGUCUAUUUCAGCCUCAACCAAAUCACAGACUUCCCUUUCUUCUCAAUCCAAGAUCACACUCAUCCAUUCCUGAGCAUGUUAGAUCUCUCAUCCAACCGCCUGACCCAUCUGCAAUGGGAGGAUGUGAAAGCUUUGCCCAGGUUGGUGCAGCGGGGCCUGUAUCUCUACAACAACUCUCUGAUCUGUGACUGCUCCAUGUACAGCGUGUUUUGGCACUGGGACCUGAGGGGCUAUGACUCAGUGAGGGACUUUAAGGAGGAGCAUAUCUGCUUCAUUAACGGAGACCUACGAUCGUCCAUCCAAUUUCUACAACAGAACCGCUUCUUCCUCAACUGCACUGUGGAAAAACCUGUUUUGCAGCCUGUAACAGUUCUCCUUUCCAACGUGUUGGUUUCAGAGGGAGAAAGGGUGCGUCUAGACUGCCAAACAUCCCUGACGAGCACAGAUCUCUCAUUUACGUGGCUCUCCCCAAGCAAGGGGCACAUCACUGAAGCCAGCAUAGAUGACAAUCUAAUUAACCUGCUUCCUAAUGGUACUUUGGAGAUCCGAGCAACCAAGGUCAAUGACUCGGGACUGUAUGUGUGCACAGCUGUGGAUAUUAAACAGGCACUGAAUGCAACUCGGGAAGUGAACGUGACGGUGCUGCUGCCCACGGCAGAGUUAUUCAACACUGGCUACACAACGCUGCUCGGCUGUAUAGUGACUACAAUGAUUAUCCUCAGCUACCUUUAUCUGACUCCAUGUCGCUGCAUCUACUGCAAACGGUCAAAGCAGUAUGAGUCAAGCAGUCUAUCUUCUACCCUCUUCCACUCUACAAGAGACCAGAGCAAAAACCAAACUAAUAAACACGUAGCGUUCAUUGACCCGGUGAUGAAUGAAGAAGGAACAGAUUGGUCUCUGGAAAGCUGAAGUUUUUUUUCCAUCACCCCAGGCAGAAACUGAAAGUCUUAACUGAAAGCUCCUCUGUAUCUAGCUAGGAUGUGCUAUUUGAGUAAUAAUACUAUAAAGGGAAAAAAAGAACUUCAUGUCUCCUUUCCAACUGUCAGAUGCUGUUAAGAGGCAUCCUGAACAAAAAAAAAGAAAGAGAAAAGCAAUAUCUCGUGUUUCAAUUCUCCUCUUUCUGCCAUGUGGCCAGGUAGUCGGAAUGAAAGUUUCAACUUUGCUUUAUACCCGCAAUGUACUGACACCACCAAAUCACAGCGGAGCCAUUAUCAGUCCUUAGAAUCAGCUAAUAAUUUCUCUGUGCUCAGGUACAGCACUAGAGGGAAUAUUUCUCAUGGGAUCUGAGAACGAAUCUUUCAAAGUUUUGAAGAUGGAUUAGUCCGUCCCCCGCCCCCCAAAAAAAAACUGCAAGUGAAUGACUGUACUGACUGCUGGAACUAAGUUCAGUUUGCACACCUUACCUGGAUUGAGGUUUUAUAGAUAGUGUAGAGUAGAUAAGUGCUAGCACUGCAUAAACUAAAGAUAACUUUAAAAAUUAAAUGCAAUAUACACCCUAUAUCCCCUAAUGUGUAGCUUGAACAUGUAGCACCAGCUCCUGAAAACUUCAUAUCCUCAUUUUCCUAAACUGCUUAUGUCUGAUUUUGUAUUAUUUUAGUAUUCUUUUUUUUUUUCAGAAGCCAUAGCUUACAGCAAACAUUUAAAAAUCUUAUCUAGCUCAAAACAGGGGUGCAUCCUGCAGUGAGCCAUCAUAAAUAUACAUGUUUCAUAUAAACCUGUUGCAUUAAUCUGGCAGGGAAAAAAAAGAUCUGCACGCUGCUUAUCUGGCAAAGAGCAAAGUGUAGAAAUCAGGAGUGUCAACAACCCAGACAAAAAGCAGCAACUGGCCUGCUCUUCAAAGACAGCAUCUUUUUUUGAUCAAACACAGCAGAGCUUUGAACACUGCAGAAUAAACACAACCACUAAAUUUUGACUGAAGUGACAAAUUCUUCAAGCAGCUGUGACUCAAACCCUGAAGGUGGCAUUACUUUGUAUAGCUUUGUUCUUACUGUUUGGUGUUUUGUUUUUUUGUGCGUGUUUUUUUUUGACUGAAGUGACUGAAAUAUUGUUUGUUUGUUCUUUUUUUUAAUUCAGCAAAACAUGCUUCAAAUGACAGAAUUACACACUCCAACAACAGAGAUGAAAGAUGCUAAAGAAAAGACUCCCAUGCGCCGCACUAAAGGAACAUAAAGUACGUGGGUGAGAGGGUUUUUCCUGCAUAAAGACAUUUUUGGCACACCCCCCGCAGAGGUUUUUAGCCAGCCCCCAAAGGAAAAUCAACCAGCACCAAAUGAUUAAGGGACUGAGAAUAAAAGUAGCAAUUUAAAUCCUCUCUAAAAGAGCUUAAUAACACUUUAUCAAACAACUACUCAACAAGCAGACGUGUCUUUUGAAUUCCAGGGGUCAGCUCCCCUCUAGUCCACAGCUUUACAAUCUUUUAGAAUUCAUUCAAACCAAUUUUGUUCAUUUGGAUUUCAUUUACUCAACCCUGCAUCAGCAUAUUGGUUGCAUUUUAUCAAAUGGUCUGAAGAAAGCCUGAAAAUGCACAUUUUUCUUAUGACUUAUGGCCUCUGCUGUAUGUAGAUCAAUCAGGCUUUAUUGCUGCGUAUAGUCACCCCACAAAGGCCGUUUCGGAGCCUAGAAAAAACCCUGAGGUUGAUUGCAUAAAAGAGCUAAGACAGCAUAUAGCUGGUCGAUGAUGAAGGGAACCCUGCCGAGACAAACAGCAGCCUCAAAAGAAACAAAUCAAUUUUCUUCAAGUCUAAGCAUCCAUAAUGUUUUGAGAUUGUAGCUUAAUCUUAAUAAAAACACUGGGUGGGACUAGGGAUUGCAUCAAGAUUGAAAAGGAUCAGAUGUAAUCCUUCAUAUAAUGUCAGGGACAAGUCAUCAGUAACUGCGUGUUUUACAAAGCAGAGCUUGUCAUUGGAGUUAGGGCCUUUGAUUAUUUCUAAAUCCUUAAUUAAAACAUGACUCCUUUUAAGCUAGAGGCGACUAAUAUUGUUGUGCAGCUUAUAUGUAAAUUCAAGUUCAAAAGGAGGUGGGAAAUCUGAUAUCAAAUGGCCAACGGUGCAUGAAAGUGGAACAGACUGGCUCUUUGACAGCGAUGAGUUUCAUCAGUAUUAAACUCACAGGGAUUAACCCAAAAAAAUUUGUGAGACUAAAGCUGCAUCCAUAAUAACACUUUUUUUUGUUUUGUUUUAGAACAAUGAAAACAACUUUGGUUUUAGAACAGCUUACAAAAUAAUCUCUGAAUAUACUAACACAGCUGUAAAUGGACAUAAUAUUGUGCAUUCACAACAUGGGCAUGUGUGUAUCAGCGUAAACAGGAAGGACAGGACUGGGUGUUGGGAGAAGAAAAUACUGAAAAGAAUGCACAGCAGCGGGGAAAAGUUAGGGAAAGUUUUUUUAACUGACAGAUGAUGAGGUAGAAGUAAUAAACAAGCAUAAGGAGUUCAUGGACACAGUAGUAAAAGGUUACAAUAAGAGUAAUCACAAAGUUUCUGCCUGCCCAGAUACCUAUGAAGGAUUAGGAGGGAUUAGGAAAAUUAGGGCCAAAAUAAUACAAGUAUUAAAUUUAAAGGACUUUUUUAUCUUGUGUUUUUUUAUUAUAAGGAUGAAGUCAGAAUUUUGUAACAUUUCAACAAUAAAGUAUAACAAGU